GUGGUGUCAAGCCCUGUGGUUUUGUGGUUUUCUAGUGGUUUAGUUGUUUGUUUUUCGAGUGUUGUUUUUUAAAUUGCUACAACAUGCACGGCAAACACAGUGUUCUGCUUUCUUUCGCCUGGAUUUUAAUUGGAGUUUGCAGUCAAUUGACUCCCCCUUCAAUGUAUCUGGACAACAGGACGUGGGACAUACCGGAAGACGAGGUGGUCGGAAGUAGGAUAGCUCAAGUGAAGACAAACAAUAACGAUGACUCUUUAAUGUUUAGUUUGGAGGUUAUCGGUUUUUACAACAGCAAAAAUGAAUCUAAUAAUUUGCCUUUUACUAUCCAUCCCUAUACAGGCGUUGUUAAGCUAAACGAAUCAGUCAAAGGAAGGGCAGGCGAACAAAUAAAACUAUACGUAAUAGCAACCAAUGGAUUUUUGCCAGCCAAAAUCGAAGUAUUCGCCAAAAUAGGACAAACAUCUCAAAACAAUCGCCAUUCGUUUUUACCUUCAUUACCGCUAGGUUUUCCAAGACCUAAUCUCUCCUUGGCGAACAAUCCUCCCCCAUCUAUAGUCAACAACGGUCCGGCAAACUAUUUCCCUGGAUCGAACUCCACCAAACCCCACUUCCAACAAAAAACCUACCCAGAAGUUGUGCCGCCGCGUAGAACAACGGCGAAAGUGGAAAAACCAAUUCUGCCCAAGAAAACGCAUCUCACCCGGCUCGAACCGGUCAACAAGAAACAAAACAAGACUGAUAUCACCACACAACCGACGUCGAAGGCCCCGGAAGUUCCUGUUAAAGACGAGAAGAGUAACGAGAUCGUACCAUACGAUCAAGCUGUCAAAUCCCAACCUGAAUUGACCGCCACAAUUGUUCCGAUUGUUUCCGUUUGUGGGGUUUUUCUUGUCGUCGGGCUGCUUGCCAUUAUUUUUAGGAAGAAAAUAUGUCCUGCCAAGCCUGAUGAUACCAAGGACGAUAUGCGCAAGGAGUCCUCGGGCGGAAUUGUCCUUCAGGAAAAUCCGAGUCUGGCCAUGCAACAAUGGAGGGGACCCAGGGCUUUCAGCAAUAGAUACGAGCCUUGGGACCGGGAAAUUAAUCAUUCACAAGUUAUAAAUCAAAUAUCAUCGACGGUAAAAAACCCAGACCGCUGGGAGUUCCCAAGGCAUCGGCUGAAGUUUUUCAAUAUAUUAGGAGAAGGAGCUUUCGGACAAGUUUGGAAAUGUGAGGCUCUUGAUGUCGAAGGAAACGAGAGCGGCUCGGCAAUAGUAGCGGUUAAAACGUUAAAGGAGAACGCCAACGAAAAAGAAAGGUCCGACCUGGUAUCGGAGCUACAGGUAAUGAAAAUGCUCGAGCCACAUCCCAACGUAGUCCGACUGCUGGGCUGUUGCACGGAAAAGGAGCCGAUAUUCCUGAUAAUGGAGUACAUCAGCAAGGGAAAACUGCAAAGUUAUUUGAGGAGUUCCCGCGCCGAGCGCCACUACAAUAAUAUGCACGGCCAGAGCAAGUCGCUCACAUCCAGAGACCUGACUUCCUUCGCAUACCAAGUGGCCAAAGGCAUGGAAUUCCUUUCAACGAACGGAAUUAUUCACCGUGACUUGGCGGCCCGAAACAUCCUCAUCAGCGAAGAGCACACUUGCAAGGUGGCCGACUUCGGUUUUGCACGCGACGUUAUUGCCUCGCACGUGUACGAACGAAAAAGCGAGGGCCGACUGCCGAUACGCUGGAUGGCACCUGAAUCGCUCUACGACAAUAUAUUCUCCGUUAAAUCUGACGUGUGGAGUUUCGGGGUUCUCAUAUGGGAAAUUGUCACUUUAGGCAGCACACCCUAUCCCGGUUUAUCUGCAGCAGAAGUUAUGAGAAAGGUUCGUGAAGGAUACAGACUGGAUAAGCCGGAGCACUGCAGGCGAGAGCUGUACAACAUAAUGUACUACUGUUGGGACAAGGAUCCGAAGCAGCGUCCCUCGUUUUCAGAGUGUAUCGAACUCCUGGAAAAGCUGCUCGUCAGCGAGACAGACUACAUCGAGUUAGAGCGGUUCCCCGAUCACUCCUACUACAACAUGAUGAGCUUUAGCGGAGAAAAAUUAUAGCUGACACGUGUGAUAAGUUUUAGUUAAGAUUCGUUUCAUAAAAGACAUUCCAUAUUUAUUUUCGUUUUUAUUUAAGAUUUGCAGACGAAUUUUAUUAGUAAUCAGGCCACAAUGUCCAAUCGAUACUCUUUUAGUAUAAAUGACUUUUUAA